AUGAAGAUCAUUUGUUGUCCUGGUUGUGGAUCGAAUUUCACAACAUGGACGGCGGCAACGAAGACGACAAACAAGCAGCCACUAAUACUUUCCUGUGGGCACACAUUUUGUGAGUUGUGCAUCGCGCAGAAGACGAAGACAAUUUCUACUGCAGCUUCUCGCCAGGCUCAGAUCACAUGCCCGACGUGUAAGCAUGUUACAUUACUGGAAAAUGGGGCAAAAGAUUUGCCAGUAAAUGUUUAUCUUUCUGCAUAUAUUGAAAUGAAUCAAAGGGGCAGACUGAUAGAGCACUUGGGGUUGAACCUUGCUCAUCUAGUACCAGCUGGUAACAGCAACAGAAGCCAGCGAGCCUCAGUUCCAGAGGUCGAAACCACAGAAGGAGGCAAAUGUAAAAUGUGUGUGAUGAAAAAAGCUACAUGUAAAUGUGUAGACUGUGAUAGUGUAUUAUGUGCAAGUUGCUUUGAGAAAGUUCACAGUUUGUCCGUGGCCAUCAAACAUCAUGUACCUGUUCCACUAUCAUCAGUGUGCCAGUUUGUUACCGCUGGGGGUGGAGACGCAGAAGCCAAGUGCGCUGAACAUAAUCGCAUUCUGGAGUAUUUUUGUGAAGAUGACUCAUUGUCCAUAUGCUCUCGCUGCUACAUUGUGGGUAGUCAUCAAAACCAUUCCAUCACAUCCAUCGAGGACAAGAACAAGUUGGUGCUUGAGGAAAUCAACGGUGAACUGCCAACAGCAAGACUUGUUCUCCAACAUUUAAAUCGGAUUGAUAAAAAGAUUGUUUCAAUCCAGCCAAGUCUGAAAACAGAAACCAAAUCUUUGAUUGAAACUGUCAGUUCUAGCUUUCUAAAAUUGCACUCACUUAUUCAAGCGAGGGAGAUGGAAAUUGUUAAAAUGAUUAAUUCCGCGUAUAAAGAUCAGAUUAUUUCAAUUGACAAACAGAGAGACAUGAUGGAGAAAACUAGACAUGAGCUGGAAGAUGCGAUUAAAAAAUCAAAUAUACUGUUUGAAAACAGUGCUACAUUUCUGGAUGGCCACGCAUUGUUGGAGAUAUUAAGGAAAGCUAGAUCAAUACCAUGUAUUGUAGAGAAGAGAGAAGUCAUGAAGGAAGCCCAGCUGACGUGGCAUGAAACAAAUCAGGACAAUUUGACUGCUAUCAUCAGUGCCUAUGGCAGAAUUUCUGGCACCCCACGGAUGCCGAUUCAGUUUACCACAAUUGAAGAAUCACCAGAACGUCUGGAGGAAGAAGACAAAUUGAGCGUCAACUCUCUUGGAUCUGAGGCAUCCAUCCAGUCUGUGGGAGGUACUGCAUCCGUUCCCGGAUGUGCAUCCAGUGUUGACACGGGGGAGGAUGUGGUGGUUGAAGAGACAGAUGUUGAACCUAAUGUGCCCAGAAACAGCAGACAUGUUCCUCGUGAGACCGUCAGCCUCCCUGUUAUCAAAGGUCCGGCACAAAAAGUGACCGUCACUCACAUCCGCUCCCCUAAUGAGUUCUGUGUACAGUUGGCCAGCAGUAAGAGACAGCUGGAGUACUUGUCACACAGUGUCAAUGCCUGGUGUCGUAAAAGUAAUUCAGCCAAGCAUGUUCCUCUGGUGGUCGAGAAGGAUAUGUUGCUGUUGGCAAGAUAUACGGCAGACAAGCAAUGGUACAGGGCCAGGGUUCUUGGGAUAGAGAACACAGGCGAUAGAAAAGAUAACAGUAACAAAGUUCAUGUGAAGUACAUCGAUUUUGGCAAUGAUGAACUUCUGCCCAUGAAAGAGCUGCGCAGUAUGCAGGCCCGCUUCAUGAGGUUUCCUGUGUUUGCCAUUCUCUGCUCACUGUUUGACAUUGCUCCCUUUGAAGAAGACAAGCCCUGGAGCGUCGAGGCUGUUCAGGAGUUCCACAAGAUGACUCAGAACCAGAUGCUGAUGAUGACCGCCAUCGGGAUGCAAGGAGCAGUCUAUGAGGUCGACUUGAUCUGCACACCAAUGGCCGAUGCAUUGGAUGAUAACUAUGUGUCAAUAAGGGACAUCCUGAUCUUUCUGGGGCUGGCUCGGUUCAGGACAUUCAGUGAUGCUUCCACCACCUCAUCGGCUCCACCGUCAUAUCCCAAGGUUGACUUUAUCCAGCCGACAUCUGUGAAGAAUGGUACAACACUGAGCGUUAUCGUAUCACACAUCACCUCUCCAUGGGACGUUCACGUUGUGUGCCUCGGGGAGGAGUACGAGUACUACUUGAGCAUGCAUGAGGAGAUGCAGCAGAUGUAUAACAAGGACAUCUGCAACAUCUACACUUUGUUCUACCCUCGCAUGGACAUGGUGUGUGCCGCCCAAGGAAGUGAUGGUGAAUGGCACCGUGCAAAGAUCCUGUCUAUUCCUUUACAUAAGGAGGUCUCUGUCAAGUUUGUUGACCUUGGCUCGACUGAAACCGUCCGAUAUGACCAUCUGAAGAAACUUCACAGCAGCUUCAUCAGACUGCCUGUUCAGGCCAUUCCCUGCCAGCUGAUGGAUGUUUGUCCUGUUGAUGGUCCAGCGGGGCAGUGGUCAGAUGAGGCCAAACUGUGGUGUCACAACAACCUGACUGGUGUUGUAGGGCAAGCUAGGUUCAUCAGAUCUGGUCAAGCUGUGCACAUUGUUCUGUGGUUGGAGUGCAGUACAGGGCUCCCAUGCACAAAGAGUGUCAAUUUUACUCUUGUGGAUAGAGGCUUUGCUCAAAGCACUGGUCCAUCAUCUCUCGACAGUGUUGAGGGAAUUAACUCUUGUGGCACUGUGUUCAAGAAUGAUAAUGAUUACAAGAAGAUGCAUCCCAAAGAACCUGCUGCUGUUUCCCCACUGCCACAAUCCCUGAGCAGAACCACUGUUUCCACGAACUCUUCAAGAGGUGCAAUGUCAGACACCAGCUCGUCACAUGCAGCGUUGAAGAAAACCCCAAUGUCGCCUGCAACCGGUCAGAAAAUAGAACAUAAGAAAAAGAGCUCCAGAGGAAUUCAAGCCAAGAACAAACAGUCGGCUGGAGAAGCCAAAACCCAACAAAAAGUUCACAGUGCCCCGAACGUUGAUGUUUCACUCUCAUCUCAAAAGUUGGAGACAAGCUAUAUUGAAGUGUUCAUUAGUAAUUACAUUUCCCCUUCGGAAUUCUACGUUCAGGUCACAGAGACACAGAAUGAUCUGCUGCAACUGAUGAAGGACAUGCAGGAUGUGUUCAAUACUUCUUCAGCUGCACCAUCCCAGGAGUGGUCAGCGAACGACUACUGUGCUGCCAGAUUUGCACCGGAUGACUUGUGGUACCGAGCUUACAUUGUGAGUCAGGUCAGUGAGGAUGAAUUUGAAGUAGAGUAUGUCGACUUUGGAAACGUUGAUGUGGUGAAGAGGUCAGAUCUGCAGCCUCUUCUGCCAGAGUUUGGCAGGAGAAUGCCUUGCGCUGCUGCCAGGUGCCACCUGGCCAAUUUAUUGCCUGCUGGCUCUAUGGAUGUCAACAAGUGGUCUCAGACAGCAGUGGAGUUCAUGGCUUCUCUGUUGAAAGACAGAAAAUUGUAUAUCAAACAAGAAGGAGACCCUACGGAUAUGGGAUUGCCAGUUGACCUGAUCAUGGAAGAAGAGAUUCCAGAGACUGCCUUUGAACCGAAGAGUCACAAGUAUCACUCCAUGAGGAAGGCCAUAAUCAAGAAUGGGCUUGCCAUGCCAGCAAAGAAACAGUCGGAGCCGGACCCAUCAACCCCUGAUAGCCCUGGGUCGAUUCCUUUCCAGAGAUUCAUUUUCAUGAGGGAAAAUGAGCCUGAAGACCUCAACCAAGACAGACUGGAACACAGAGAUGUCGACCAGAAUGCACUGCCCAACAAAACCACAAAUAAUUCUCAGGUGACCAAAGGUGCAGCUGAAAAAGAACACGAAAUCAUAGACACUGUAUCAGACAGCCUGGAGUCAGACCAGGAUGACAUAUUCAGCCUGCCACCUUACCCCUUGCCUCAGCUGAAGGUUCAGAUGGCUGUGGUCCCAACAUACGUCGACGUGGAUGGGAUCAUAUAUGUGCAGCCGUAUGCUUGGGAGGGCAGUUGUGCACAUAUGAGCAGUGAACUGCAGAGGAUAUAUGGACAAGCAUCUCCUGUGGACAGUACAGACUGGAAGGUUGGGCUGAUGUGUGUGGCUCUAUUUCCUGAAGAUGGUUUCUGGUACAGGGCUCAGAUCGUGGGGAUCAAGGAUGAUCAGUUCAAGGUUUGUUACGCAGACUUUGGCAACACUGCCUGGGUUGGACCAAACCAGCUUCGUAGGAUGUUGCCAAUUUUUGCCAAGGAGCAUCCGUUUGCCUACCGCUGUGUCCUGUAUGACCUUGUCCCCGUUUCACCUUCCGACAGCUGGCCAGCCGAGGUCCUCGAUUACAUCCAAAAGCUGAUUGUAAACCACAAGUGUGUCCUUGUGGUUGUUGAAGCUGAUGAUCGCUCACCCUUGAAG